AUGCCCCGGAAGAAGUCAGCGAGAAAGCUCGCCGAGGCCCAAGCCGCCACCGCUACGACUAAAACCGACAAUGGCGACGACAUGAACGCCCGCAAAAUGCCAGUGGUCGAUCUGGCGGCUGCCGCCGGCGACGCCGCCGGUGAUGACGAUAACGAUGACGAUGACCUGCUGACCUCUGAAGAGGAAGACGAGUUUGGCGAGCUUAUCACCGAGAAUGUCGAGCUGGGGAUCCAGCAGGUGCUUGAUGCCAUCAAGCGGAACGACCCCAAGUUGAGCGACCCUAACUACCGCUUCUUUGAGGACCCCGAGAAGGCAGUGGCUAACCUCAAUGUCCAACCUAAGGAGAAACCAUUAUACCUUAAAGACUACCACCGCAAACAAAUUUUAAGUGGUGGCUACAAGGAUGAGGACGAGGAUGAUGAAGAAGAAGAAAUGGAGAAUGAGUACGGUACCGUCGACGGUAAGAAGCCGUAUGUGGUGGAAAAGCAAGAAGAGAAAGACGCGAUUUUAGCUGAGAUCAAGGACGCGUUUGACAACGCUGCCUCUGAUGACGAGGACGAUGAUGGUGAAUUUAUGAAGAAGAAAGAAGCCAAGAUUGGUGAUAUCCACGAUGCCGAACCGUCACUUCCCGACCCUAAUGCCGACGCCGAAGCGUUUCUUCAACUGUUCUUGGAUCAGCAAGCAUGGAUCCCUAAGAAGACUGAUAAGAUGGUCAAUUUGGACAGAAUCGAUGCUGACGAUGCCCAAGAGUUUGAAGAGGCUGCCGAACAAUUUGAACACGCUUAUAAUUUCCGUUACGAAGAUAAGGAAGCAGCCGAGAUCGUGUCUUACGCCAGAGACCAGGCGUCGAUGAGACGGGAGAAGACUAGUGCUCGGGCGCGUAAGCGUCAAGAACAGCGAGAGGCGAAGCGGAAGGAGAAGGAAGCUACUCAGGAAGCACUCACCAAGAAGAAGAACCAAAAGGUGAACUUGGUGAUGGACCGGUUAGCUGAAAUUAAGAAGGCUGUGGGUGGUGACGUUAGCGACGAAGUCAUCGAACGAGUAUUUGGCAAAUCGUUAUUAAAUGACGAAUUUAACGAUGACGACUGGGACGCUAAGAUGGCGGAAAUCUUUAAUGAACAAUUUGCCGAUGACCACGACGCCAACGUAAAGCCUGAAUGGGACGACGAAGACGACGAAGCCAUCGCCGGGUUUGAAGACGCAGAGAUCGAUAUGGACGCUGACUCUACUAAGACCACUAAGACUAAAAAGAAGAAGCUGGAUAAAAAGCAGGAGAAGAAGCUGAAAGAGGCGUUGAAGUCGGCGGCGGCACGGAUCGUCGAGUCCGCCACGUUGGACUUGUUCGACGAGAUUGUUGAAGAACGGGGCCGUUCCCGUGAAGCUGACGAUGACGAUGGUGUGGUGUUUAAGUACCGUGAAGUUUCGCCAGAAUCGUUCGGGUUGUCCACCCGAGAUAUCUUGGUUGCCGACGAUAAGCAAUUGGGUCAAUUUUUGAGUAUGAAGAAGUUGGCUCCUUACCGGUCAAAGGAGGACGUCCAGCGGGAUAAGCGCAAGUAUGCCAAGCGCAAGCGCGUCAGAGAAUGGAGAAAGAAUACCUUCGGCAGCGAUGAACCGCAACCAGCCGACGGAAAGUACGAUGUGCUCAUUCCCACCGAGGAUGAACCGCCUCUGAAGAAGAAACGGACAAAGUAG